AUGCCUCCCAAACCUACAAACCCCACCUCCAAAGAUCUGGAUGAUCGUUUCCAAGCCACCAACAUCAACCUCCAAAACCAGAUGAGCCUCCUUCAAACCAAGCUUGAUGACCAACAACAACAUCAAGAUGCCCUUUCCACUGCCCAGGACACUCGCCUCGACGAAAUCUCCACACAACUUUCAGAUAUUCUUCAACGACUUAGUCAACAACAACAAACCACCGUCAGCCUUCCUCAAACAACAACACCAUUGCCAUCAGGUACACUUUCCUCACUCUCCCUCAGUACUAGCACAACUACCAUCGUCUCUUCCCCCAUAACCUCUACACCUAUUCCCAUUUCAACACUUCCCGCCACCACUCAACCUUUGACCGUUUUUACCCCCCCACCCAUCACCACCACACCAAUCUCCUCUCUGGCCUACACACAACCUACUUCUACUAUUAUCACACCCUUGUUCUCAAACACUACUUUCACACAAUCCCCACAAUUCUCCAUUACCACAACCUCUUUUCCCCUUUUUUCCCAACCACCCCGUCCUUCAAACCUACCUCCACCACCGCCGCGUCCUCCCCCUUUUAUGGGAAACAAUUAUUACACUCCCUACAGCGCCCUAAAUAUAAACUCCCCCUUUUUCCCUUCUGGUUCAAACCAAUUCCCUUCCCAUAAUUUUUCGCUACAAAAACCCCCACCCACCCUACGCACACCAAAAUUAGAGCUGAUAGUGUUUGAUGGUACUAAUCCUCUCGAGUGGCUCUUUCAAGCCGAGCAAUUAUUUCAAUUCCAUCAAAUUCCAAUCAAAACCUGA